AUGCCACACAAGGUUUGUCUCGUUGGAUCGGGUAAUUGGGGAUCUGCCAUUGCACGUAUUAUCGGUGAAAACACGAAACGAUUGUCGGACCAAUUUGAACGAGAUAUCAAUAUGUGGGUCUUUGAAGAACAAAUUAAUGGUCGUAAUUUGACUGACAUUAUCAAUACGGAACAUGAAAAUAUCAAGUACUUACCGGGUCAUAAAUUACCUGAGAAUAUCAUUGCCAUACCUGAUCUUUUAGAUGCUGUUCGUGGGGCUGAUAUUCUAAUUUUUUGUGUCCCGCAUCAAUUUUUGGGUCGUAUGUUACUCUCGAUUAAAGAACAAGGGCUUAAAGAAGGUGCCAUGGCUGUAUCCUUAAUUAAGGGUAUUGAUUUUGAUCAAAAUGGUGUUGUCUUGGUUUCAAACCUUAUUCGAAAGGGAUUAAACAUUGACUGUAGUGUUCUAAUGGGUGCAAAUGUUGCCAAUGAAGUAGCAGCUGGAGAUUUUUGUGAAUCCACACUUGGUUGCUCGGAUCUUUGUCAUGGUGCAAUCUUACGCGAAUUAUUCAAUGCUCCGACAUUUCAUGUGGAUGUAGCAUUGGACCCACAUGGUGUUGAAAUGUGUGGUGCUUUGAAAAAUGUCGUCGCACUUGGUGCUGGGUUUUGUGAUGGUCUCAAGUACGGUGGAAAUACAAAAGCUGCUAUCAUUCGCAUUGGUUUAUGUGAAAUGAAAAAGUUUUGUUUCAAGUAUUUUGAUGGGGUCAAGGAAGACACGUUUUUUGAAAGCUGUGGCAUUGCUGACCUGAUUACAACGUGCUUUGGUGGUCGUAAUCGCAAAUGUGCGGAAGCUUUUGUGACUCAAAAGACCACAUGGGAAGAGUUGGAAAAGACUUUGCUCAAUGGUCAGAUGCUACAAGGUACGCUCACGUCCAAGGAGGUAUAUGGUAUUCUCAAGCAGCACAAUGCCGUCAACCAGUUCCCGCUUUUCACGGCGAUCUAUCGCAUCGCUUUUGAAGGCGCUGACCCGAUUACGAUCACGCAGCUUGAGUACCCGCAAUAA